UGACCUAAAAUUUACAUUUAUAUACUGUGAUGUUUUAAACGAAGCGCAUAACAUUUUCUACGUUUUAUCUGCAGAAACAUGGGAAAAGGAAGCGACAUAUCCAUUAAGAAUUUAACAGAAGAUGACAUUAAACAGGCAUUUGAAAAGACACAAAGCAAGUUUGAGAAGAUUCCCGGCUUUAAGUUGAUAAGAAUUACUGAAGAAUACUACGAUAAAGCAUUGCAGUUGUGUCGAGAACAUUUCGUACCACAAGAGCCUCUGAUGAAAUCCGUAGGUGCCCCAUGGUGCGAGGCAAUAGAAUCAUACUGGCUAGCUGCUCUAAAACUCAACCUUUCGCUGAUGCUUAUAGACGAAGACACGGACGAAGCUGUUGGUUUUCGGACGAUAAGAUACGCAUUCAAAGAUGAGGAGUUAGAUCUUAAAGGUACCAUACCAGAACCAUCACAAGUACUCCUGCAGUACCUUCUCUACUGUGAAGAAAAAGCUAGUUUCUUUGAUCACUAUGGUAUACAAGAGACAAUACAUUUUCUGUCGCUUGUGGUUGCUGCCAAAUACCAGAGGCGUGGUUAUGCUACAAAGAUAUUCCACGCAGCGAUAGAUAUGGUACGAAACCUUGGUUUAGACCAAGUUUAUAUCAAAGGUGAAGGCACGUCCAAUUUCUCCAAGAAGAUUUAUGAAAAAGAGGGUUUUGACAUUUUGUACGAACAUGUGUAUAACGACUGGGAGGUCGACGGAGAGAAACCGUUUAUUAAUACUGGUGAACACAAAUCAAUGAAAAUAUAUGGACGGAAAAUUACACAAAGUUAAUAAAAUAAAUAUUGUGAGGCAGGCAGUAAACAUUUCUUAAUUAUCGUAGACAGAAGAAUAUCCAUCUUAUCACCAUUUUAUAUAUUUACUUCUGCAUGAAUGAAAAUAAUUAUACGGGAAAUCCUAUCUUUUUCGUCUUUAGUUCGCCUUAUUGCCACAAUGCCGUAGGUCCAUUUUUGGCAAAAUUAAGAUUUUAGUGUCACUAGGUAUGUCUCUAUGACAUACGUAUGAUGGUGAAUUUGUGGCCUUGUAGAACUAACAUAAACAGGCUAAAUUUUAGUUCAACAAGGCAGUAAGUAAAGUCAUUGACACUCUUAUAUCUUUAAAUGUCGUUUCCCAAAACUAUCAAAAUCUAGUUACGGCAUUGUGGAAACAAGGCGGCUGCGUGUACAGGCCUAUACAUUAAAUUAGUCGGUAUAGGACAGUCCAACUAGUAGACUGACCCUAGCGUGAUGCGCACCGACAAUAUUUACCAGAUUAUAUUACCAGUACUCGUGUGUAUGUUUUACUGUUACAGUGUACAUAAUGAUGUUUGUGAGAUAGUUGGAAUCAUUAUUGAAAAAACCUGUGAGACACAAUAUGAUAAAACAAUACUGUUUGCUAUAGCCUUUUGUAUUUAUGUAUAUACAUGUAUUUGAUUAUGACUAUACUGAUGAGAAUGGUGAUGGUGGUGGUGUCGUUAUUAUAACACAACGAUAUUAAUUUUUACUGAAAAUAUCCCAUAAAGUAACUGCGUUAAAUUGUAACCUGCCUGAAGCGACCACUCUGACCAUUUCCAUUGGUUUGACUGGCUUUAAGAUCGACUGGAGUGUAUAAGUCCAGUCCUUCCACGUUAAAACCUACAUUAGUGAUUGAAAAAAAAUUAGUGAAUGAAAAUCAAAAUGGAAAAAAAAGUGAUGACAUUUCGAAUAUUUUAUUUGAAACUUUGAUGAAAUUAUCUUCGCUAUUUUGAGGGUUAAGAUGUUUUUAAGUUAGUCACCGAACUCAUUUAGAGACGUGUCAAGAAUAUUGUGCAUUGCCAAGCAGCAUGACAAGUUGAAAACAGUAAACAUGAAUGGCAUGUUAGAACAUGAAUAUAGUUCAUCAUAUAAAUCUCUGAUAUACUACUACAGCUUACGCGUGUCAAUGGAUUUCUUUUUCAAAUACAUGUUUGAUUAACCGGAAGUGACAGCGUAAGGAAAUUCUAUCCGGAAAACUUAGAGUAAUGACAAAUCUAUUAUAGGCCUACAGUUAGCAUAAAUGUUGCCUAGAAACUAUUUUAUCCCUUAUAUCAAUAUUUAGUCAGCAGUACUGUCUUUUUGAAGUAAUUCAGUUCAAAAUACAGGAAAUAAACAGCAAUGAACAGACUAUAGUUGAUAUUUGGCGAGUGGUGAAAAAUAAAGUGCACAGAUUUAUACAUUUUA